UUAAAUCACUAUUCAAUUGAUUUAAAAUAAUAAGCGAAAGUAGUGGAGAUAAAAAACAUGGCUUUAAACAAUCUAACAGAUACGAACAUAACCUAUAAUUUCUUAAUUGUAAAAAAUUGUAGAAAAUCACAUAGUAUAACCAGAGAAUACAGAGGUACAUAGAAGCUCACAAGUCCAGUUUUCGCGUAAUCAAAAUCAUUUCAAUUAUAUGGGGCCAUUAUUAGACGAAAGUUAUGUUGGUGCUAUUAUGACAGAUCAACUUUACAAAUGUGUGGAACAGAUAUAAUAUUAAUUAUUACUAGUUUCUCUCUUUCUCACAAUAUUUAAUACCAAAGUAUUUUUCUAUAAAUAAAAAUGAGUUUAUAUUUACAAGGAGAUAUUUAAAUGAAUUCUAAUAUUUUAAAUCGUAGUGCGAAAAAUCUUUGUAUAGUGGUAAUGGAGUAUUUAAAUAGGUUAUUUCUCUACUUGACAUAAAGAUAUUAAUACAAAUAAAUCUUUAAAUAUCAAAUGACAUUUCAUUUUUUAAAUAACAAAAAUAAGUAAAUUAAUAUCUCCUGGUUUAAAGUUUAUCAAUAUUUAAAAUAGAUAUUAUUUAGAAUGUUAAAUAUAACUAUUACCCAAAUAUCAAAUAAAAUUGAUGGGACAAAAUAUAUCUUAUAUACCGAAUGGACGAAUACAUGUUUUAAGAUUAUUUUACUUAAAUCAUCUGCAGCUCCAUUAAUGGGAGAGAUGCUUACAAAUGAUAUCAAUUUUUAUUCGGAACAACAUUCGAAAUCAUUUAGCAAAUAUUUAGAGGAAACCAAAGAUGCUUUUUCCGGUAAAAAUGUAGAAAUACAAUACUUCCUUGAAGAUAAUAAGUUUGAAUGGAGGAAGAAUAAUAGAUGGAUUUUAGGAAAGAUUACAGUAUGUCCAAUUUCAAAUAUUAUUGAUAUAUCGGAAACUUUAUACGGUAUAUUAGAACAACAACAACAAUUACAAGGAAAUAUUUCAGAAUUAAGAAUCAAAAAUGAUUUACUGACUAAUAACAAAAAGGAAUUAUGCGUUAACAUGGAGAAAAUGAUAAAAAUAAAAAUUGACAUGGAAAAGGAACUGUAUGAAAAAUUUAUUUUAAUUUUAAAUGCUAAAAAGAAAAAGAUCAGAGAAUUAGAAAAUAGAUUAAAAAAUAUAGAACGUAUGCAAAAGUCAGUAUAUGACACAAGCACAGAUCAGAGCGAAGACUCUGAUACGAACAGUAAGAGUGCAAAAAAUGUUAAAUCAAAAUUGAAAGAAGUGGUAUCUAAUAAAAGCAUAGAUCAAAAUGAAGAUUCGGAUAAUGAAAAUAUAGAUUCUUUUUAUAUUACUCGCAAAAGAACUAAAUUAACGGGUAAGGAAUUUGUAAAUGAAAUGGAAGCGACGACUAGUUCAGCGAUUGAGAAACAAAAUUAUUCUGAAAGCGCUUCAAAUAAGAAAACUAAAUCUAUGUUUAAUACAUCAGUAUCAAGCAAUGAAAGUGAAUGCGAACUUGUAUUAAGAAUGCCAGAGACUUAUACAAAUAAAUUGAUUUUAAGUAAUGUAGAUUUUAAGGAAGAAUCAGAAGAAGAAUUAUUUUCUUAACAAAUAUUUUUAAUGUUGUACAUGUACAUAGUAUAUUACACAAUUUUUAAUUUAUUUAAAAGUAAUGUGCAAUUUACUUAAAAUCUUCUAUUUAUGAAAUAAUAUUGACCAAAUCAAUAAUAAAUUAAUAUAAUUUACAAAAUGAAAAUUUGUAUAGUUGUAAAAUUUUAUCGAAAAAAAUGUAUUUUUUUGAAUCGUGAAUCAAGCAAGAUAUAUAUAAUAUAACAAAUUGUAUGAACAAUUGUUCAAAUUAUUGUUUUCUCUAUUGUUUUUAUGUAUCCAAUAUGUGUGGAUAUGCUUAUAUGCAGUGGGUGCAUGAAAGAGUAAUAAAAAAAAAAUAAAUAAAAAUUGAAU